GCUACCCUGACUGGAUGCUGCCUCACAACCAGACCUGCCACCCGAUCAACGAGACCUGCCCCUGCCACGCGACCCACGAAGAGAAGUGCCAUGACAACCACGGAAACUGGUGCCAGGCGAAGGUCUACGGCUCCUGCCCGGUGCAAUGCCAGGCGCACGAGAUGACAUGCUGGCUGACGCCCUACGAUGCUAGCGGCAACCCCGACUACAUGGGAACCUACACGGAAACGUGCGCCAACAUGACGGAGGGCUGCCCUUGCAAUCCCACCUGGGAGAAGCCGUGCACCAGCUAUGGCUACAAGUUCUGCGAGUCGAUCUUCAGGAGUUGUCCCGUCGACUGUGGAAGUCAAGCAACGUGCUACCACUACAUCUCAGGCAACGAGUCCUGUUCCACGAGCAGCGGCUGCGUCUGCGAAGUGAACGAGAUCAGCUGCCCCAAUCCGGACACGGGCCUGUCCGAGUGCUACCCCAGCGAUUGGUAUCCAUCCGGCUGCCCCAUUAGCUGCUCGCACGAUGAGCUGAUCUGCUCCAAGGUCGCCUUCAGCUUCGACGUCAUGCUCUGGGAGGACUACUGCGUGGAUGGGGCCUCGAACGGCUGGAUGUGCCCCGUGAUCUGCGACAACGCGACGGCGCAGAAGCGUGGGGCCCUGGCGUGGGUGGAGGGUUUAAAGAUCCUAUAA